GCGGAGAAGAGGAAAAGCAGAGGAUCCGGAUCUGGAAUGACCAUGGCUACAGCUGACAGUGGGGUGAAGCCCCUUCAAAAUGCUAUGAAAAUGGCAAAAGUAGCGAUACAGCUGGACGGAGAGAACAAACACAAGGAAGCUUACUGUGAAUAUCUCCGGACCAUCAACUACAUAUCACAUGCACUUUUGGAGGACACUGGUUCACAAACCUCGGAGGAGAGGAUCAUGGUUGCGGUGGAUGUGGAGCGGAUGUUGAGGUUGGCUGAGCAGUGUCUGGAGAGAGCCAAGUCAUUUAUAGGGAAGAGAGCUGACCCCCCUGAUCUCCCUGCCUCUGUCUCUGCUACCUGUUCACCUGGCCAGUCAGAGCCCCAUCAGACUGCUGUCGUCCCAGCUGCCAGUGCUGCAAACACUGUCCCUCCAUCUCAUACUGCUGUUAACGCAGGGCGUAAGGCAACCAGCCCGACAAAGACUGGUCACCGCAGGGUGUUGUCAGAUGGUAGCAGCGAACUCUCCCCUUUUCUGCCUCCUGAAGUCUUCCAGAAACAGCAGACAGUGGAGUCACAGGACACAAGCAAAAAGGAGCUGACACCCAUUGAAGAAGCAUCACGUUUGAACCAGAAGUUGAAAGCCAAUUAUGAAGCUCGUCUGGCGAGGCUCGCACCUGGUCAGGCCUACCAGAAGACGUCUUUGACGCUCUCUCUCCAGAGGCAGAUGAUGGAGAACCUCAUCAUAGCUAAAGCCAGGCAGGAUGCUCUUCAGCGGAAGAUGGAGGAGAGAAGACUAAGGCUGCAGGAAGAGGCCAACAGGAGAUUUGCAGCGUCUGGGGCGAUGACCACAGAGGAGCGAGAGCAGCGUGCUCUCUAUACCAACGUGCUGGAAUAUGAGCAAGACCAUGAUUGGCCCAAACUGUGGAAAGCCAACUUGAAGAAGAAUCCUGAUGAUGUCACAUUAGUGUCAGGUCUGGUUUCCUACCUGCUCAGCCAGUCUGAUCACCCAGUGGUGAAACUGCUAAGAAAACACCAGUACCGGAUUUACAACAGGCUCUACCCGAUCGUCAGCAAAGGCCUCCCCCAGAGUCCUGCCCGGCCACUGAGGCCUUCUCGCAGCACUCACAACCUCAUUAAUCCAGAGACCCAGAAGAAGCCCACCAGGGGCAGUAGCGUCGGCGGUCAGAGUUUCAGCACCAGCUCAUCACUCUCGCCCUCGCUCUCUCACGACCUCCACACCAGCUAUGAUGAUGAGGAAGGGGAGGAGCCUCACACACAGGUGACAGUGGAUCGGGAGAAUUCGUUUGAAGAUCUGGAGCAGUUCCUGACUCAGCUGGACUGGGCUCCUGUCCACGGCAGUGCAGAUGACACUGGCUCUGAUUCAGAGCUGACCUGUAAUACCUUAAUUCAGCCAGGUCAGGACGAGACAAACGUCCAGGAGCUGGAGAUGAGAGCACUGAGAGAACACCUAAAGGCCAUCGUCAAAGAUAUUCAUAUUGCAAUUGAUCAGCUCCUGUCACUGUGUUUGCUGUCCUUUGAAUGCCUAAACACAGCCAGCUCAAAAGACCUGUGCCUCGCCAGCUUAGAGGAAGCCUUCUUCACGCCACUCUGGAGCGCCUUGGUGGCUCUUUUCAGGAGGGUCAACAGGGAGAGGGAGCAGGCCUUUGAGACAAAUAUGAAGUUAUACCAGGAUGCCUCGCCUGGAGAUGUUGGUGUUCCUUCGAAACUGUUCCCCAAAGACCCUGGUGCACUACAAGGUUCCUACCCCUACGAGUCUGCUGUUCAGGAGCUUAAGCUUCUCAUUAAAGACUGCUGUCCACAGAGGAAGUUGGAAUGUAUUGUUAGGACACUACGACUGAUCUGUGCCUGUGCUGAGGAUUACAGGUGUCUUCAUGAGGUGGACUCCACACCCAAAACAGCUGCCAUCGGUGCAGAUGACCUGUUGCCCAUCCUGUCCUUUGUUGCUCUACGGUGCCAGUGUCCUCAGCUGGUGUCUGAAUGUGCUGCUUUGGAGGAGUUUAUUCAUGAAGGCUAUUUGAUAGGAGAGGAGGGCUACUGUCUGACCUCCAUGCAGAGUGCCUUGGCCUAUGUCGAGUCAUUGCAAACAGGAGGAGCUCACCUUCCUGCAGACAAACACAUUUGAAAAAGGUUGCUGCAGUCACAAGAGACCCUAGCAACAGUUCAUCCCACACUACCUGCUGCACUACAGAGAGGUGACAGCUGAACCUGCAGCUCCCUGCAAGUUUUGCAGAUGCAUGUUAUCUUGUAUACAUACAGACAUUCUGUAUAUUUAACGAAAGGACUUCUUUUGCUCUCUUUGCAACCGAGAACUAAACCAGUGCCUAUGACUUGUUUCUAACCAAAUCAGAAACUGCGCUUUGCUGGGACCUCUAAGGGUGUGUUUUUAACCUGUAAAGCACUGCUGCAUUAGCAAGCACUGGAUUGUUAAAGGGACCGCACAUGGUUGAGAUUGGAGUCGUCUUAGGGAACUUUUGGAAGUGAAGCCAUUAAUUAUAUGAAUUCCUACUGAGGUAAAACCUGUGAUAUGUUUAACUAUUGAGGGAAUAUGAUUAUAAACCAUAUUACAGGUCUUACGAUUUUUUCCCUGCGUGAAGAAGCCAACCGUGUGUGUUUAGACUGAUCUGUGUCUUCCGUAGACUUUGGUAAUAGCAUUUCAUUGUUUUAGCAAACUCACUGGAAGAAAAAUGUCUGUUUUAUUCCAUGUACCUUGUGGCUUUUUGUCUUUCUGUUUUUUCGUUGUUUGUUUUUUUUGUUUACAAAAACACGCAGACCCAUAAUUAAGUGUGUGCAUUUGUUAGUGUAUGUGUGUGUUCAUGUCAAGACUGGUGGCAAAAUCCAUCCACAGACUAUGGAUAGAAAAACUGAAUGUAUGUACUUUGGGUGCUGAAGUGUUCAGCGCUGAGGCUACACUGGAUGAUGACUUUGAGUUCAGACAGUAGAUCUAUUUGCAGACAGACUUGCCUUCGGGAGAGAGAGCAAACAAUUUUUAGAGAUGCCCUGCUGCUGUGGGGUGAAAAGUCCAGAUUGUACUUUGCUGUGUUUGCAUGUAACAGCAUGUUGGUUAAGAUUUAAGUCAGGUAUACAGAGUAAGGAAAUUUUCGCAAAGUGAGGACAUUUAGACCUGCCCUCACCUUUAACAGACCUUUAAAUACAGGUUUGAGGGUUCAGGCGUGGUUUUAAAGGAGUACUGAUCACUUGGAUAUCCACUCACUGUGUGUUACCUUGAAUUAAUGGAGAAAACAUUGUUUUCCUGGCAUGGCUCCAGAGGGAAGAAUCCAGAAAAGGCAAACAGUCUUCAUGGAUUGAAGCAAACAGGGACUGUGUUUAACAACAGCAAAACAAUAUCAAAACAUCUGUUUGCAAACUCUCAUGCAACUCGUGCAGUAGAGUCCAGUCUCGUUUAUCCAGUCAUAUGCUCGGUACUUCCCAAACACAUGCAUUUUUGCUAAAACCUCACAAUUCAAAAUACAUUAGUACAAACUGUCUCAUGCAUGGCUGAGUAGUGUACCUGAGCAGGUGCUUGUGUUUGAACUCUGCACGAGCGUGCGCAUGCUCAGGGCACAGGCUCUAGGCUGAAGUGUUUUAUAUUGUAAGGUUAUAGCAAAAAUGCAUAUGUUGGCCUGGAUAAGUGAGACUUGAAUUAUACUGCACAAGGUGUAUGAAAGUUUUUUAAACAAAUGUUUUAAUAUAGUUCUGCUUUUGUUAAAUUUGGACCCUGAUUACCUCAGUUAAUGAAGAAUGUUCAUCUGUUUUGGAUUCUUUGUUCACCAUGUGAGAAAGUUUACUUCAUGAAUUAUGAGUUCAACGUGAUACAUAGUAUUCCUUUAAGGCUCAGGUUAGAAUUUGGUUGAGUUCAAGAUUAGAGUAAGGGUUAGGGUUGAGCAUUUAGUUGUGAUAGUUCAGGUUAAGGUAAGGAGCUCGAGAAUGCAUUAUGUCAGUGAAUGUCCUCAAUGGAGUAGAAGUACAAGAUUGUGUGUGUUUGUGUGUGCUGCUUGUAAGACAUAAACCAUGCCAAAGGGCUUCUGUCUUUUAAUGCCAAGUUUCAAAAUCAACAAACUCUUUACAGGAAAGCAAAAACGUGAACUCACUUUCACAACUCAUUUUAUACUUUUCUCCCAUAUCCCAAUGCUUCUCUGAUGUCCACAGUUGCACAUAAUUCACAACCAUAGAAUGGGAGUGAGAUGAGAACCUAUAUAUUUGGAAACAGAUUAUCCACUGGUAGAUCUUGAGGCUCUCAGAGAAUAUGAGAUGUUAUACAGAGAUCAUGUCAUGUUGCUUUGACGUGACUGGACUGAGUUCUUACCGAUAUUUAACAUUUCUAAAAUGCUUUUCUGUGAAGUCUUCCAGCUGUUUGGUUUUAAAUACAUGCAGACACAGAGUGGGUGUUUACCUGAAAGGGUCUGGUGUUCAUGCAUUUUUUAUUUUAGCCCGUUACCUGCAAAUCAUGUUUACUUGAGUGGUAAUUCUCUGAAGCAUGCUUUUUUUUCCCCUGUAAGUCUUAAAUGUGCAUUCAUUCCUUCCAGGCAGCCAUUAGUUUUUAUUCAUCUUACCACAGUGGACAAAUCAGCGUUCGAUUUCUGGAAACUUGCAUCAAAUUAGUCCCAGUUUGUUUCCAGUUGUGUUUCAGUACUGCAGUUAAAACCUCAAUGAAUUCAAAGUGUGCCGUUGUGGCAAAUCUUGUGCAUUCAGAUGUCUUUAAUCAUGAUGUCCCUCAGUAGAUGAUGGCCAGUGGUGUGUGUGUCAUGUGUAAUAAAUGGAUGCUAAAAUGUGCAAAAAUAUUGUUUGGUUUGUGUUUUGAAGACACACCUGAAGCAGACUUGCCUCUAGUGUCACAGAAAAACUACAGUUUUAUAUAUUGUCAUUUUAUUUAGUUUGGUUUGUUUGCUUGCUCGAAUUUAAUAUUUUUUUUUUAUCAUUAUUUUUGCAUGUGUCCAGAAGAUGUGAAAAUAUGUCCUAAGAACUGUCUUGGAUUUACUGCCUACUUUUUGUGACAUUAACACCAAAAACAAAUUUGUUUAUGUAAUAAUCUUUAUGUAAUUAUAUUAAAAAUGACAGGAUGCUGUGAUAUUUUGCAAAUUGAACUAAGCCACUGUUUUCAUGUAAAUGAUGUAUAGUAGUUUUCAUUGCUUCUGAAAACUGAAUGUGAAUGUGUUAUCAAACAGUUUUACUGUGAAAGGUUGGAAAUGUAAGAAUGAUAAAUGAGUGUUUGAGAGAUGGGUCAAUAAAGAGAACAGAGAAAUAUUUAAAUCA